AUGGCACCGCGUAAUUUCGUCCCACGUACUUCCUCCCACCCCUGCGUGGCGGUGCGCCCUCCCGCCAUGCAGCCACGCGCACCCUCGUCGAGCGACGCGCGCGACCGAGCGACGUUCACAAGCCGACUCGACGCCUCGGCUUUGCACCGCGCGCUCGCAUUGCCGUCGUCGGCAGCAGCGCCCGACGCCAUGCGCGCUGGCGCCGUGAGCGGUGCGCGCGCCACCACCACCAGCAGGGGCGCGGCCAGUAGAAUCGGCAGCGCGGGGAGCCUCGUCGACGGAUCCGCCGCCCGGCCGCGAUUCGCGGGCCGGCGCCGGCAGCCGGGGUCCGCCCGGCCUGGUGGGCACUUGUUUCGGUCGCGGCGGCGGCGCGUGCUGGUGCUGUUCGUCGGCGCCAUCGCCGCCCUCACCGCCGUCAACGUGCUGCUGCUCCGCUCGCGUAAUUCUCUCAGAGCAGCGGAUAUCCGAGAUUACAAUAACGAGGAUUUGAGCGACGAAACAGAUAGCGGGGAGAGCGACAGCGAGUACAGGCUGAGCGGCGACUCGUCGUGGUGGUCGUGGCGGUGGUGGAGCGCGCUGAGGGGGAACGGCGGCGGGCAGCGGCGGGCGCGCGCGUUGAAGGCGUACAACAACUCGGACCCCGAGCCGGACGCGCGCAUCAGCGACGCCGACGACCGCUUCAUCGACGCCACGCUGCCCCUCCACGUCGCCGAGCCCGCGCGCGCGCGCACGCGGGGGAAGGCGGGCGGCGGGAAGGGCGGGGAAGGCGCGGGGGAGAGCGGGGCGCGCGUGCGGCUGGAGGACGUGCUGCGGUUCAACGUGAUGGCCGCGGGCAGACGGUGGGACCGGCGCGUGGGGUGCUCCAAGUUCAGAGCCAAACACAACGGUGCAGUGCGCAACCCCAUGGCCCCACCCCACCCACCAGCCCCAUCACGCGCUGCUACUCCCUUCCUCCAGCCCCUCUCCCCACCACACACCCAUCCAACUACCCCAUCGAUCCAUUCCUUCGCCCCGCCGUCGUCGUACCUCCACCCCUGUUGCUGCCCGCCCACGACUCCCGUGUUGCCAUGCCACCCACUCCCUCCCUUUUCCCUCUUCUCCCCUCCUCUCCCUCCUCUCCCCUACUCUCCUCCUCCUCUUGCGCCCUCCUCACCCCUACAGGCGCCCAUCAACCCCGCGCACUGCCACCGCCUCAAGCUGCCACACGUCACCGUGCGGGUGGAGAACAGCACGUGGCUACACGAGACCAUCAUAGAGGGCGUGCACGCGUGCCACCCCUGCCCGCUCUCCUGCUCCUUCACGCGUGCGCGCCCCCUCGCCACGCACCCCGAUGCACUGCUCUACGAGGGUGUGCUGCCGCCCUCGUCCUCUGCCCACGGCCAGCCCCUGCAUGUGUACAUGAACCUCGAGGCCCACCCUGCGAACGCCACGGUGCAGGCGACAUAUGCGGGGCACCUGUUCCACUGGGACCGCCAGCGCUACAUUGCCGACAACAAACGCACUGACGUGCCAGUGUUCCACGCGGCGUCCAACUUCGUGCCAUGGCGGUACGCGCUGGUGAAGCAGCUCAUGAAGCACGUGCCCAUGCACUCCUUCGGUGCAUGCCGCUCCACCACCGCGCAGCACGGCACCGAGCUGCAGCUGUACCCGCACUGCGCGCACACGUACGGCGCGCAGGAGCGGUGGCAGCACCACACGCACUGCGUGCAGUCGCACUACCUGUUCGCGCUGGCCAUUGAGAACACACGCGCGCCCGGCUAUGUCACGGAGAAGUUCUUCUACCCGCUGGAAGCCGGCACAGUGCCCAUCUACAUAGGAGCGCCGGACAUAGCAGCGUUCGCCCCGCCCGACUCGUACAUUGACGCGUCGGGGCUGUCGCCCGCGGAGGUGGGCGCGCUGGUGAAGCGCAUCGCAGCAGACCCCCUCGAGUACAUGGGCUACCACGCCUGGCGCAGGUGUGGAGUGUAUGGCAACUACUCACGAGCGCGCCAGAUGUCCCUAGACACGCUGCCGUGCCGCCUGUGCGAGCACAUCAGCCUCAUGGGCGGCACCCACCACCCACGCCCUUGA